GCAGUACGAAGGAUGACUAAGGACGGACCGAGCGAAGUAUCCUAGUUGAGAUUUGGAGGAAGGAAGAUAUACUCUACAUGAACAUGACUUUGCUGGAACCUUCAUGCAUGUGUAUGUGAAGCCAACUCAAGACAUGAACAGUCACAAGUUCUUUGCUUGGAUGAAAUAUGAGGUUAAAAUUAAAAUGGGUGCUCUGUGUAUCUGCACUCACUGUGGGUAUGUGGUUGACGAUCAUCGUUAUCAUGCCAGCACCAUCGAACACCGACAGAGGAAAAAACAGUGUGGAGAGAGAACACUACAAAUCUGGCCAAGAUGACAAAAGGGGUCAUGCAGGGGUGGAUGAGGUCAAAGGUCAUGUAGAUGAGUCCGCUGUGAAUGGACAACAAAAGGAAACGUCGGACAAUGUAGAUAUCGUGGGCAUCAGGAACACAGACGAAAGUGAACAAGAUGGAAAAGAGAAAGAAGUUCCACAGGGUGUGGAGAUAGAGAACAUACGAGGCAAUCCUCCAAAUGGGCAGAGCAUUGAGAGACUUCAAAAUGAAACUCAUCCUCUAGAACUGGACCUCAUACCGGACUUUAUUCCUCAGAGGCGACAUGAGUAUUCCAGCUUGUGGAGAAAAGCAGAAGGUUGGGUGACGUCAAGUGAGAUCAUGCCAUCUUCCGCCAAGGAUCUAGGGUCGGUGCUGUAUGCGAUGGCCCAUGCACCCAUCACCAAGGCUGAUGUCGGAUUCAAAGGUACACAACUCAAGGCAAGGUUGAUGCUAGCAGGAGGUCAACUAGUUGUAUACAAGCCAAAGAGGUAUCAACGAGACUUUGUUAUUUAUGGAACUCCUUAUGCAGGCUAUGACAGACAUAAUGGAGAAAUAGCUGCCUUUCAUUUAGAUAGAGUAUUAGACUUUCGGAGGGCUCCGCUGGUAGUUGGACGAACGGUCAAUUUGAAAACUGAAAUACUUCCGGUCGCUUCGCCUACAUUGAACGAUACUUUCUUAGAAAAAGAUGGCAAUACUUGCUUCUAUGGCAAGUGUUACUAUUGUAAGCCUGAAGAUGCUGCCUGUGCAGAUGGAGUUAUGAUGGAGGGGUCUUUGACCUUGUGGCUGCCACCUGAUCUUAAACUCAAGAAGUGGAGACAUCUUUGGUCAAGGACAUACAAAGAUGGAAAGAAAGCAAAAUGGGAAACAGACGACCAGUACUGCAUUGAUCUGAUGAAGAGGGUCCCUCCUGAACGACAUCCCCUCAUCCUACAUAUGACGGAUGGUGCUGUCUUUGACUACCUGAUAGGCAAUGCUGAUAGACACAUGUAUGAGACCUUUGAGAAGGAUGGAGAUAGGGGCAUGCUCCUUCAUAUGGACAAUGCAAAGAGUUUUGGCAAUCCUUACUUGGAUGAAGGUACUAUCUUGGCCCCUAUCUAUCAGUGUUGUAGAUUGAGACGAAGCACAUGGAACACACUCCAGCAAUUCAAAGAUGGUCGCCUUAGUCAGGUGAUGAGUCAGGUGCUGUCACAUGACCCCACAGCUCCGGUCCUAACCAACUGGCAUCUGGAAGCUCUUGACAGACGGCUCAACGACAUCAUUGACACCAUGCACAACUGCUUCACCAAACAUGGAGAGGAUGUAGUCUUGAUAGACUGAAUCAGACAAGAGACCAGACUGGAUUCUUGUGGUUUGUUUGUCUCACCUGCAUAGCAGAGUGAGACUAUAGGCGCCGCUUUUCCGACGGCGGCGGCGGCAGCGACGGCGGCGGCGGCGGCGUCAACACCAAAUCUUAACCUGAGGUUAAGUUUUUGAAAUGACAGCAUAACUUAGAAAGUAUAUGGACCUAGUUCAUGAAACUUGGCCAUAAGGUUAAUCAAGUAUUACUGAACAUCCUGCCUGAGUUUCAUGUCACAUGACCAAGGUCAAAGGUCAUUUAGGGUCAAUGAACUUAGACCAUGUUGGGGGAAUCAACAUCAAAAUCUUAACCUAAGGUUAAGUUUUUGAAAUGUCAUCAUAACUUAGAAAAUAUAUGGACCUAGUUCAUGAAACUUAUACAUAAGGUUAAUCAAGUAUCACUGAACAUCCUGCAUGAGUUUCACGUCACAUGACCAAGGUCAAAGGUCAUUUAGGGUCAAUGAACUUUGGCCGAAUUGGGGGUAUCUGUUGAAUUACCAUCAUAACUUUGAAAGUUUAUGGAUCUGAUUCAUGAAACUUGGACAUAAUAGUAAUCAAGUAUUACUGAACAUCUUGUGCAAGUUUCAGGUCACAUGAUCAAGGUCAAAGGUCAUUUAGGGUCAAUGAACUUUGGCCAAAUUGGGGUAUUUGUUGAAUUACAGCCAUAAAUUUGAAAGUGUGUUGGUCUAGUUCAUAAAACUUGGACAUAAUAGUAAUCAAGUAUCACUGAACAUCCUGUGCGAGUUUCAGGUCACAUGAUCAAGGUCAAAGGUCAUGUAAGGUCAAAGAACUUUGGCCACGUUGGGGGUAUUUGUUGAAUUGCCAUCAUAUCUCUAAUAAGUGUAUUGGUCUAGUUCAUAAAACGUGGAAAUAAGAGUAACCAAGUAUCACUGAACAUCUUGUGCGAGUUAUAGUAGUUUUCAAAAUCAGCACUGCUGCAAUAUUGAAUCGCGUGAUGCAGGUGAGACGGCCAGAGGCAUUCCACUUGUUUAAGAUUACGAGACUCGCAGGAAGUAUGCUGACUAGAAGCAAGCCAAGGUCCCCAUUGUGAUGCAGAUGAAUUUUUGAUGGCCCUACUGUGUUACUGUUAGCCUGAAGAGGAUUUUGUUUACACCCAGCACAUUGAUUGAUCAGGACAAGACCAUUUGUGUAGCUGGUCUAAGGGUAUUUAGAUUUAUACACUGACCAAGUGAUGCGAAUAAAUAUCUUCCUGUAGAUGUCAAGCAGCAGUACUCUGUCCUCCACCUCUUUGGCGGGAAGUGGGCCAUUCUCGUAAAGCACAAAACUGAUCAAGAUUACACUGUUCUCCAUAUGCCAUCGUUCUUUAGGUUGUUUUGUGACAAGGAGACAUUCUGGAAUGGUAAAGGUUCCAAAGUGAUCAAAGGAAUUCUUCUAGAAUUCUUCUGUUACAGGUAAAUACUUUCUUAAUCACGUUGCCACGUAAAGGAUUGUUGUCAUCCAAAUCAUUGAUCAAGGAUAGACUGGUCUUGACACUGAUCAGAGUACUUUAGUUCUUCAUCCUGACAUGAACCCAUUAACUUUUUGGAAGGAUGCUGAAAGGAAGACAUCAAAGGUCCGUCUUUUUUAUCAUGCGAUUAACCUUUGUUUUGAACCAAGUUAUCAGAAACUGCGAUAUAUCAGGGAGGGUAAGGUAUGCUCAAGUAUCGUUUUUGUAAUGGUAUGCAUACAUUUUAAACAAAUACUUAUCUUGCUAACAGAAUCAGGUCUUGCCUUACUAAAUAAAACAUUAAUUUUGUCUAAAGAUAUUUGUCACAUAUCAACCAAGGUGCUUAGAUAAUUGGCAAAGAUUUAGAAGAUGAGUAGUCUGUUGCAACACCAUAAUUCAUGAAGGUUUGGUCAGUGAGUUCUCUGCAAUUCUAUGUGUGCUAUCGGGCCAAGCGUAAUACUAAGAUUAUGCUACUAGUCAGAGUCCAGCAGCAAGACGAACCAUGUAUUUCCUUGUAACGUUUCUACUCUAUAAAUCUUUCAAUAAAUUCUAGCAAUAUCAAAGUGAGUUUUCAAUCUAAAGUUGGGUGAUUAAACUUUCAGUGAAUAAAAAGUAAUCAGUACUAACGCUGUUAGCAACUCACCAUUUUCUCUCCCUUUUGUAGCCAUUUUCUAACCCUUUUCAUAGCUCUUUAUACCCGUUUUGUAGGCCUUUUGAAAUAUUGCUAGAAAACAAGCUAAUUUUCCCCUGU